AUGAGCACCAAUUCAGACCCCUCUCAGUCCUCCAAGAAGCGAGAAUCUCGGGCUGGAACGCGUAAGGUCACUUCACUCUCUGCCGAACAAUUGGAGCGAAAGCGGGCCAACGACCGAGAGGCUCAAAGAACCAUCCGUCAGCGGACCAAAGAACAUAUCGAGCGUCUCGAGCAUCAGGUGGCAGAGCUGCAAUCCAAAGGAGACCGGUAUGAUGACGUUGUUCGACGGAACGUCGCUCUGGAGAAUGAAAUCAGGUCAUUGAAACAGCAACUGGCAAUGGUGACAAGUGGACAAGGGUAUUCUAACAUCGAAGGCUCAUCCGGCAGCUCCUCAGGGUAUAACAUGCUCCCAUCGUCCCAGUAUGCCGAGUCUUUAGGAGUGAAUCCAGUAUCAAGAGCACCCUCAGUUCUCUCAACGUCCAGUCAAGUAUCCGUCCCGCAUGACUGGCAACAGUACGGUUCAACUCGGUCCCCAUCCAUCUGUGACUCCUCGGACGCAGAUUACUCGAGUCGAGUAGAGCCUUAUAUAUUCGAUGGCCAAAUCCGGACCCGUAGCGCGAUACCAGCUCCAGCAUCGCGUGUUGCAUACAACGCUCCAGUUAGUGGACACCCCCCCGAUCCAGCGUUCCAGUCAUAUUCGCACCUCUACGCACAGGGGAGUUCCCCUCAUGCACAUCCCGACGAAAUCAGCCACAGUCACAAUCACAAUCCGCAACAGGCAAUCCCGUACGCCGCUGGCCAGCGAUCGAUCUCUGUACCGACCGUUCUGGCAGAGAGGGAGACCAGUGGUUAUCCUGUGCUUCAUGCUACGCCUCAGUACCAGCAGCAUCCGAGUACGGAGCAGCAGCCUCCAAGAAACGAGUACAAUUAUAAUUGGGUACAUCGGUCUUGA